AGUUUGAAGUAAAACAUGAAUUUGAGGAAUCCUUUAGAAAGCACCAGGAACAGGGAUGGAUUCAUUAAGAUUAGUGAUGGGAGAAUUUGAAGCGAAUUUCCACAUUUCUCCGCCGGUGAAUAAAUUUAAAAAACUGUACAGUCUCAGUGUCAAAAAUAAUUUGUCCGCACAUUAGAAUAGUCCCGCACAUAAAAAUUGCCGCGCGUCAAAAUUAUUCAGACGCCCAUUGACUUUAAUGUAUUUGGACAAAAUAGGCACGCAAAUAAAAAUUGUCGCACGAGUCAAAAUUGACGUCUAAAUAAUUUAAGUCGUUUUGUAAAUUUUUGGCGGUUUCAUGAUUUUCAAGGUAAAUUUGCGGAUUUUCCGUUGAAACAGGGCAAAUUAAAAUGGAAGUCAUAAAGCGGUACAUCAUUCGUCAAAUGCAAAUACAGGUUGGUCAUGUUAUUCAAUGGAAAUAUGGAGAAAUCAUAGAAAAAUGUUACAUCUGAAAGACUGCAAAGGGUGAUGAGUUUAACAUCAAAACCAGCACUUUAGGCUGCUAAAUAAAUAGACACGACUUGGAACAUGGUUUAGUGACUAUUCAGUUGUAUGAUUUAAGGCAAAGAGGAGAGAGGAAGGAAUGUCAGCGCAAGCAGCAGCACAGCAAAUGAACUCAGACAGUGGACUUUAUAGAAGUCACUUUGGGUGUUCCUUUCCAACACACCCUUUGCUAGCAAUGUUUUAGGAACCAGCAAAUCUCCUGCAUCAAACAUUUUAAGCUCUCUCUUCUGGAUCCACGAUGCAGCAGGAUCUUACGAUCUGAAAAACGGUGCAUUUCCAACAUGUAGAUGAGGGUGGGGGUGGAGGAAUACAAUAUGCAGGCUAAGCACUGGGGAGGAGUGGUUAAAGAUGAGUAAAACUUGGUACCCGCUCUGCUCUGAUCCACAAUCCACAUCAGCACUGGGCGAGCGUUCAGCACCCUGGAUAGCAGCCGCGUUUAGAAGCCGGCGCCGCUCAUCAGCACAUUGAAAGCGCCGCACUUUGGAUACUGGAACCGGCAUGAAGCAAAAGCAGAAAAGAAAGGCGAUCGUUUCGCCCCCUCCAGCGCAGAGACAGCGGCACAUUUCCUUGGGAAUUUUUUAGGAGGUACACCAAUGAUGGUGAAGAGAUUCACUAACCAGAGAGAUGAUUUGAUUGCGUCAUGAUUACUUGGGGAAGGCCUGCUAUGGUUUCCACUUUGUUUAUUACUUACAUUGUGUGGGAGAAUUGGAGAAUUGUCUCGCCUGUCGCACCGCAUCACUGACAGUACCCUCCAGCCACGUCAGCCACAGCAGCUGGAGAAGCUUCGCUAAAGGACAUCCCGGGACGGCAGCCCAUGUUGCGCUGGAAAGUUUCAGUUGGUCGGUGUGUGGAGCGCAUGUGAAGGAUAUCAGCCAGCUGAGCAGGAGGGAGACUUCUCAUGUUUCCCGGCGACACUUGCCCUCUGUGCCUGCAGCUUUGCCUGUGCGGGAUGCCCAGAAUGCGGGGGAAGCUGGGAGGACAGUUAUUAGUGCUGAUCUCUCUCCCUAUCUUAAUAUCAAUGGUGUCUUGUGCCCAAAGCGUCAAUGAUCCUGGUAACAUGUCCUUUGUGAAAGAAACAGUGGAUAAGUUGUUGAAAGGUUAUGAUAUUCGCCUAAGACCAGAUUUUGGAGGUUCUCCAGUUGCUGUUGGAAUGAAUAUAGAUAUUGCUAGCAUUGACAUGGUUUCUGAAGUUAACAUGGAUUACACCCUGACAAUGUACUUUCAACAGUACUGGAGAGACAAGAGGCUGGCUUAUACUGGCAUCCCACUCAACCUCACUCUUGACAACCGUGUGGCUGAUCAACUGUGGGUUCCUGACACUUAUUUUCUUAAUGACAAAAAGUCUUUUGUACAUGGAGUUACAGUGAAGAAUCGUAUGAUACGCCUUCAUCCAGAUGGGACAGUUUUAUAUGGUCUGAGAAUAACAACAACAGCUGCGUGCAUGAUGGACUUAAGGAGGUACCCACUGGAUGAGCAGAAUUGCACUCUUGAGAUAGAAAGCUAUGGUUACACAACAGACGACAUUGGAUUCUACUGGCUAGGAGGGGAGAAUGCUGUCACUGGUGUAGAAAGGAUUGAACUUCCACAGUUUUCUAUAAUGGAUCAUAGGCUGGUAUCAAAGAAUGUUGUGUUUGCAACAGGCUCAUAUCCCAGACUUUCACUAAGCUUUAAGUUGAAACGGAACAUUGGAUACUUCAUUCUUCAAACGUACAUGCCAUCCAUACUGAUUACAAUUUUAUCCUGGGUAUCUUUUUGGAUUAAUUAUGAUGCAUCAGCAGCACGUGUUGCCCUAGGAAUUACGACGGUGCUGACGAUGACAACUAUCAACACACAUCUCCGAGAGACAUUGCCAAAAAUCCCCUAUGUUAAAGCCAUUGAUUUGUAUUUGAUGGGAUGUUUUGUAUUUGUAUUCCUGGCCUUACUGGAAUAUGCCUUUGUAAACUACAUCUUCUUUGGAAGAGGUCCCCAAAUGCAAAAGAAGCUUGCAGAAAAGACCGCAAAAUCCAACAAGGAUCGCUCCAAAUUUGAAAGCAAUAGGGUGGAUGCCCAUGGAAAUAUAUUACUUACAACGCUUGAAAUCCACAAUGAAGUAACCGGCAAUGAAAUAACCACAAGCGUAAGUGAUGCAAGAAACUCAACAACAUCCUUUGAUAACUCAGGAAUCCAGUACAGAAAACAGAGUACAGCUCGGGAUAGUCUUGGGCGGCGUACCACAGAGAGAAACAAUCCUCAUAAGAAAAGCCAUUUGCGGAGACGGUCUUCCCAGCUAAAAAUUAAGAUACCUGAUUUAACGGACGUGAAUGCCAUUGAUAGGUGGUCAAGAUUAGUCUUCCCUAUAACAUUUUCUCUCUUCAAUUUAAUCUACUGGUUAUAUUAUAUUAACUGACAAACUAUGCUUAUGGAAACUCAAGAGUCAAAGAACAAAUAGGGUUUUUGAUUGUAUGCAAUUAAGAAACAUUUUUUUAUGCAUACUUGGUCCUGAUAUGAAUGUAUGUGCACUAGCCGUGCUCACUCAUUCAUAUAAGCAUGUAUAUUCUAUGACUGUGGACAAUUUUUCAAGAAACCACAAGAAUUAUUUUUAAGCUUUGGACAAUGAAGCUCUUUUUAGAAAGAACUACAAUGCCUUUCAAUCUUCUGAAUACUGCUUGUGAUAUACAUAUAACAAGUUCUGGUUUCAAAAACUGGAUGACCGCCAUCAUCUCAUUGUUUACUUUGAACAUUAGAAGCUACCACUAGGAUAGCUAGUGUCCUGUUACCAGUGCAUAAUAGCAACUGUAAUAUUCUUAUUUAGAGUAUAUAUAUACUCUUUCUAGCUCCUUCUGUCAUCCAGUGUAUUCCUUAAAGCCUGUAAUAAGUUAUUAUACAAGUUCGGUACUGUCUUUUACACAUACUAUAUAGUUCUGUUAUGGCACAAAAUGCAUUAUUUUAACAGUGUUCAGGGAUCCAUCUAAAAAGCACUGAAUCUUUACAAACUGAUGGAUUCCACUUUUUAUGUCCUACAAAUAUUGUACAGUAUAUUUUUUCACUUAACGCCAGUUAUAGAUAACUUGUGAAAAUAACCACCCUUCCCCAUUUUGAAUGCACUGAGUAUUUAAGGAUGCCAGUGUAAUCUGGCUAUACAUGCCUAAACUAUUAAAAUGAUGCUAAAUGGGACCUUUCACCUAUUGGUUAAGUCACUCUGGGUCAUUUAUCAACACUGGGCAAAUUUGCCCAUGGGCAGUUACCCAUGGCAACC